AUGGCUGGUACCGUUCAAGAGGCGUCUGAUCCUCAACUUGGUGCACAGUACUCUUUUCAACUGCUCCCUCCCACGUCCACGCCCUCGGAUCACUCGUCUCUGAAUAAGAGCAGAAGACGGCGGACAAGCCCUAGGGACAAUGCCAUUCUUGCAACUGCUUACGAGAGGAACUCGAAGCCGGACAAGGCUGAACGAGCCUUGAUUGUUAGCCAGGUCGAACUCGGCGAAAAGGAAGUCCAAAUCUGGUUUCAGAACCGACGCCAGAAUGAUCGCCGCAAAUCAAAGCCUUUACAACCCCACGAACUGGUAGCCCACUUGCGCACUCAUGGUUCGAAUCCCGCUUUGCAUCACCUGGGAUCACCUUCUCCUGGAAACGAUUUGCCAUCUCAACAUACCAGUCCAAGACAUUCCCUUGCUCCUAUCGAGGUUCCGGCUCGCCCGGCAUCCAGGGCAUCCAGUAUUCACGACCUACUCAAUCCAUCUUCAUCAGCAGACACAACCAUCGGAACCGGCUCCUCCCAAGUCACAGCCGCUCCCUCUACACCUCCUUCAAGCUUGGAAGAGCAAACUAAGGUCGCUAGUCCCGACCAGAUAGGACAGGGAGUAACUGAGUCUGAUGGUAACGAGAGUACCAGUGAGCAAGGAAGUGCACGGAAGCGAGAUCACGAUGAGAUGUCUGGAGCCAAGGACAAAAUACUCACCAGUCCAGUCGUCCAGGAGCCCCAAAAAGAUCCCCAAGCAAAGGAGCCCUUUGCGCGAAGCUCAAGCAUGGUACGAUUAGCCAUGACUGCUGAUGGAGCCGUAAAAAUCCGCACCAAUAACGAGCCAACCCCCUCACCCGAAAAGCCACGCACGCUGCCUGCCCCCGUCCCUCAAAGCACGGCACGAGCAAGUUUUUCGAGGAGCAAGAGUGCCAUCAGUGAUGCAGAAGCCUUUCGGCAAUCUGUGCAAGGACAAGCUAAGACCCCUGGAGCUGGAUUUGGUCGAUCUCGUGAUUCCAGAACCUGGGAAUUUUAUUGCGACAGUACUGCUAAAGACGCUCUGUCAAUUCAGGCCGAAGCGGAGACAGCUGGAUCCGCCGUGAGUGCCAUCAAUCUUGUCCGAUCAAACAGCUUCAAGUCCCGUACGCAGGCACUCAGUCCCUCCAUAUCCAAGACCAAUGGACGUACAAGUGUGAUCUCAAGGGAUGGUAAAUCGAAACUGGCACGGACAAAAUCCUCACUGGGCCGACUGCAAAGUCGUUCGGCGGAAAACCCUGGUGAUGGCCUGAAAUCCCAGCACCUUCGAUCUCCAUCAGGAGAUUCCGACAAAGAGAAUUGGGCGCCAGGAACCCGAGCCUCUGUCAACCCUCUCCGCCGCACAGAACCCAGCUUGAGCGCCCGACCACCACUUCAAGCAAACGAAAGUGUCAUUUUCCGAGAUGCAACUCCGGCUUCUCAACGAUCGCGCGUGAAUGGCAAUCUACCCGGAACUACACAGCCAUCACCAAGCAAAGAAAAAGCCAAGGGCGAAGAGCUUGAUUGUGUUCAAGGACUACUCUCUCUCAGCCAAGGAGCAUGGAGAUGA